AUGACGAGUCCACAUCCAAGCGCCGCCCUUCUCUCCACCGCAAACGAGUCCCUCGCGCCAGUCCUUCCCAUCCUCAACGCCUUUGCCCACCGCCAUAGGAAUCAGCACCAUUCCUCCCACUGGUGGUCUUCCUUUUCUCUCGUCCGUCGCGCUGCGCGCAACCUCUCGACCGACCUCACAUCUCGCCCCCGGUCGAUCAAGAACAAGAACAAACCUGGAAAUGUCGAGGGCGACAACCAUCCAGCUCUGGCGCGCGCAAACGCCUUCUCCCAGCUCGCCGCCGACAACCAACAUGCCCCCCUUGGCCUCCUACUCCUCUCUAUCCUCGCCCGCAUCAACCGUAUCCUCUCCGAUCUUGUGCCCGCCGAUCAAAACACAAUACCUGCAGCUUCAGCUUCAGCUUCAGCAAAUCCAACUACUACCGGCUCAAUCCUCUCCUCCAAUUCCCAGACUUCAACACCUGCCGAGACGGUUAGCCCAGAUAUAGACAUGGGCGUUACCAUUUCGCGCAACGAAGUGCUACCCAUUCGAAAAACGACUACGUCACAACCGGAAACCAAACCAGACGCCCACUUAACAGACCCUCCUUCCAAGGAGCGCAAGCUCAAGAGUCUAACAAAAGACACAAAAAAGAGCUCGUCAAAAGAUCCAGCCAAGGAUAAACCCAAGAAAAAGAAGAAAAAAGGUGGCGAUGCACUCUCCAGUCUCUUCGGCUCACUAUGA